UUAUAUUGAGUCUCGGCGCCGGGGGGGAGGCGAGCCUGCUUUUCCCUUCCAGGACCUGAUGCAAUCCAUUCAAGCCAACAAGUUUGGAGAGAAUGUUGAGUUCAAUCAAUUCAGAACGUCGAGAUGGAGCUCAACUCACUCCAGUGGGUCGGCUCUCCGUGUGGUUUGCACGGACCUUACAUUUUCUACAAGGCUUUUCAAUUCCACCUUGAAGGCAGACCAAGAAUUUUGUCCCUUGGCGACUUUUUCUUUGUCAGAUGUAAGCCAAAGGAUCCGAUUUGCAUAGCGGAGCUCCAGCUGUUGUGGGAAGAGAGGACUAGCAGGCAACUUUUAUCCAGCUCCAAACUUUAUUUCCUCCCAGAAGAUACUCCCCAGGGCAGAAAUAGCGACCAUGGCGAGGAUGAAGUUAUUGCAGUUUCCGAAAAGGUAAUUGUGAAGCUCGAAGACCUGGUGAAGUGGGCGCAUUCAGAUUUCUCCAAGUGGAAUUAUGGUCUCCGGGCUGGACCAGUAAAACUUGAAGAAUUGGGAAAGAAUAGACAGCCAGAAGCUUUGCUGAAAUACAGACAGUCUACGCUUAACAGCGGGCUCAACUUCAAAGAUGUCCUAAAGGAAAAGGCUGACCUUGGGGAGGACGAUGAAGACUCCAGUGUUAUUGUCCUCAGCUAUCCACAGUACUGUCGAUACCGUUCCAUGCUGAAGCGCAUUCAGGACAAGCCUUCUUCAAUUCUGACAGACCAGUUUGUUCUAGCCCUGGGUGGCAUUGCAGUGGUCAGCAAGAAUCCACAGAUUCUUUACUGUCGGGACACUUUUGACCACCCAACUCUGAUAGAAAAUGAGAGCAUAUGUGAUGAAUAUGCGCCAAACCUUAAAGGCCGACCUCGCAAAAAGAAACCGUGCCCACAGAGAAGAGAUUCAUUAAAUGGUGUUAAGGAUUCCAACAAUAAUUCUGAUGGCAAAGCUGUUGCCAAGGUGAAAUGUGAUGCCAAAGCAACUUUGGCCAAGCCCAAGACCAACCAUAAUAACUGUAAGAAAGGCUUGAGCGAAGACAAACAGAAGGUUGCCAUUGGCGAAGAAUGCAGGGCAGAUGAACAGGCAUUUCUCGUGGCACUUUAUAAAUACAUGAAAGAAAGGAAAACACCAAUAGAACGAAUUCCCUAUUUAGGUUUUAAGCAGAUUAACCUUUGGACUAUGUUUCAAGCUGCUCAAAAACUGGGAGGAUAUGAAACAAUAACAGCCCGUCGACAAUGGAAACAUAUUUAUGAUGAAUUAGGUGGGAAUCCUGGGAGCACAAGCGCUGCUACAUGUACUCGCAGACAUUAUGAAAGAUUAAUCCUGCCAUAUGAAAGAUUUAUUAAAGGAGAGGAAGAUAAGCCACUGCCUCCAGUGAAACCUCGAAAGCAGGAUAACGGUUCCCAGGAGAGUGAAAAUAAAACAAAAGUAUCCGGCACCAAGCGCAUCAAAAAUGAAAACCAAAAGAGCAAGAAAGAAAAAGAUAAUGUCCAGAAACCCCAGGAUGCAUCGGAGGUUUCAGUGAAACGAGAGAAGGAGCCAGAGGUUUUAGUCCAGAAAGGCUUGAUGGAGCCCCUGGUGAUAGCAGAAGUGAAGAAACAGACCGAAGACUUCCAAGACUUGACACCCGAGGGAGUAGGCACGGAAGCGGGCCCAGUGAAAGUCAACUUGAAGGAUCGCUGCUCUAUCAGUGAGCCAGCCAAGGAAGAAGAAGAGUGCUCAGCUUCCUUCCCCAGUGCUCCAGCACAUCCCAAAGAGGAUGCAACCCGGAAUCUAACUGUCAGCAAACAGUCGCACUCCUUGCCGGAUGCCCUCGUUGACCCGAAGCCAGAACAGAGAGCAUGUGGUUUUACAGACGGCUCUGAUAACGAACCACUGGAAGCCCCAUUUCAUGGUUUCCCCCCAGUCCAAGUACCGGCGCCGAGCCAGAGUGACAUGGAAGAGGACAAACUCCCCGUCAUGGCGGACUACAUCGCCAACUGCACUGUGAAACUGGAUCAGCUCGGGAACGAAGACAUCCACGACGCCCUGAAGCGGAAUCCCAAAGUCCUCGUGGUCCAGUCAUUCGAUAUGUUUAAGGAAAAGGAGCUGCCCGUCCCCAUGCACGAGGACCCUGGGUUGAAUUACACCCCGCUGCUCUAUUCGAGGGGCAAUCCAGGGAUCAUGUCUCCACUGGCCAAGAAGAAGCUGCUGUCACAGGUCAGCGGCGCUAGCCUGUCCAGUAGCUAUCCCUACGGCUCUCCUCCACCCUUGAUCAGCAAGAAGAAACUGAGCAGCAGAGACGAACUCUCUUCCGGGUCAGUGCAGUCUCAUCACAGCUCGAGCUCGGAUGCUCUGGCAGUCAAUAGGCCAUCCGUGAUCCAGCACGUCCAGAGUUUCAAAAGCAAGAACCCAGAGGAACGGAAAGCUCUUAACGAUGUUUUUAAGCAUGAUACUCUAAGCGGUUCCGAUCCCCGCCGGUGCAGUUUCUCCAAGCAUCACCUUCAUCCCCUGGCCGAGUCCUAUGCGCUGAAGCCAGAUAUCCAGGAGUGCAAGGACAAGAUGGCUGAGAAAAGGGCACUGCAUCAUUCCCACAUGCCCAGUUUCCUGGCCGAUUUCUACUCCUCCCCCCACCUACACAGCCUCUACAGACACACGGAACACCACCUUCACAGCGAACAGGCAUCCAAGUUUCUCCCUCGGGGCACGUACCGGGAGUCGGAAAACAGUUCACCAUUUCCUCCGCACAAACAUCCAGAAAAACUCGGUGGGAGCUACCUCCCGUCUUUGCAUCAGCCAGAUAAAAAAACUGCCCUGGAAGCCUCCUCGGAUGAUCAGCCGACAGAUCUGAGUCUUCCAAAGAGCAACGCACACAAACAGACUGUGAAGACGGCCGGCCUGUCUCACACGGGCAGCGGCGGCCCACCGGAGAGUAAGAGCCUCUCUCCGUUCCAGGCCUUGAGCAGUCAGGCUGUGAGUCGAGACUGCCACCCGAAAGCCUGCCGGGUCUCGCCCAUAACCAUGUCAGCCCCUAAAAAGCACCAGGACCCAUUCUCCCGGUCCGGAAAGCCGCACCACACGAGACUCGACAACUUGAGGAAGACGGAGACGGCGGUCCAUCCGAUCCUGAGCUGCAAGUCGAGCCCUCAGACCGUCGGAACGGCCCGGCCCCUGAAGCGCGGCCUGGAGGAUUUGGAUGUUAUGAUUGCGGAGAAGAAGAUCCGGGUGGUGUCUCCGCUGCAUUCCUCAAAGGAGGGCUCAGCCAAAGACAAGGCCUCCGAUCAGGAGGGUGAGGGCAGCAAAGGCGGGCAUGGCCCCCACUCCGGGGGCAUGUCGGAGGGCCAGAAGUUCCCCCUGUCCUCGCCCAUUUUCCCAGGUUUGUACCCGGGGUCCCUGUGUUCCAGCCUGAGCUCCCGCCUCCCCGCCGGCUAUUCCCACCCACUGCAGUACUUGAAAAACCAGACUGUGCUUUCUCCCCUAAUGCAGCCUCUGGCUUUCCACUCGCUUGUGAUGCAGAGAGGAAUCUUUACAUCCCCGGCCAAUUCUCAACAGCUCUACAGACAGUUAGCCGCAGCAGCCACACCUGUAGGAAAUUCGUAUGGCGACCUUUUGCACAACAGCAUCUACCCUUUAGCUGCUCUAAAUCCUCAGGCUGCCUUUCCUCCCUCCCAGCUGUCCUCUGUCCACCCCAGUACAAAACUGUAAAUUCUGCACUCAAAAGCCUCCCAGUGAAAGGUGUCGCUUAACGUGGCUUUGUCCCCUUACCCUGUAAUAAUGUCUUGCAGAAUUAGAAAUCAGUAUUUCUUUCGUGAAAACCGACAUGUGGUAUCAGCCCGCCUAGGCUAACGCUUCUGUUCGACUGAGAUAGGACUGCUUUGCUCUUCUGGUCCUUAACCCAUAAUUCCUUCCCUCAUUUCCCCUUUCCCUCGCUUCCUCCACCUCCGUCAUUUCACUUUGCACGAUCGUUUUGGGAAGGGAUUUGCAUCCACAUUCUGAAAAGAAUGAAAAGAAACCGGAUUUGAUUUUUAUUGGGUUGGGAAAUGGAGGUGUUGAGGUGGAAGAUGAAAGGAGGGGGUGAGGGAGGGCUGCGGAGAACAAACAAUCAAAAGAUGUGCUUUGGGGGUCACAUUUUUGACUUUUAAAGGUUUGAUCAAUGCAAUGUAUAGUAAAACUGCAAUAGAUCUUUCACCCUGACACUAGUAAAACAGAAAAGUAAACACUGUUAAAUUGAGUGUACGUACCCGCUUCUUAAAAACUACCUGUAUCACUGUUUGUUCACAUAAUUUAUAUACAGGUAGUCCCAUUUUCCAGUUUAUUCUGUGCCCUGUUUAAUUAAACAAUAUCACUUUGUCUGCAGGUGUUUCUCUUUGUCGGGUAUUUUUUUUAAGAGUCAGAUGGACUGUCCUUCCUGUUUCUGUGUGUGUGUAAUUUUUCCACAUCUUAUCAUUGUGAGCAGCUUUGGGGGGUAAAGUUAUUGUUUACAAAUUGAAGCAACUGAUUCAGGUGGAAUCUAUGGAUGGUGCAAACCAAGUUCCUUUUUAAAAAUAUGCAGUUGGAAGAUCUUGCUCCUCCUAAAUGGCAUAGUUGAAAGAGCUUACCCAUUGCUUACCCAGCCAAAACACUUUGCUUUGAAGUAUUGGGUUAUGGGAAAUUGUUGAGCAUUGUACUUACCUUAUCUAGGCUGUGAAACUGUCCUACAUACCAGAGGAAUCAUAAAAACAAAAACCUCAUUGGCAACAAGCUGCUGAGUAACAACAGAGUCCAGAGAACAUAUUUGUGGGUUGUAAAAAUAUCAUAGGAAUUUCAGAAAUUAGAAGAGUCCAAGCAAUUGGUAUGGAAGAUGGGUCAGGCCCCAUGUAAGCGACCAGGGAUGAGGGGAGGAAGAGAGGAAAGGCGUUCAGCUACUCAGGGAGGGAAAGGGUUGGCCAAUCGGCCAACCCAGUCAAUACCUCCCCCAACCUGAGGUGAUGUGAAUUGUGAGUUCCAUUGCAGCCUGACCCAGUUAGUCUUGCAUAAUUAGAGUGCUGAGCAUCAAUCCACCUCAUUGUGGCUAGCUGGCCUGUUGGGUUACCCCUUUAGAGUAAAAAAAAUAAAUAAAAAGGAAACACAUAUAAUCUUCUAGGACUAGGUAAUAGAUUGAUUUUUGCAAUCAGUUUUGCUUUAUGUUUCCUCUUGUCAUUGGAAAUAAAUGGUAAAGCUGUUCAAGCAGUCAAAAGAUGUGGAGAAUUUAUAUUGUCAUCUUUGCUACUGUAUUGCAUUUGCUACAGAGAUGUAAUAACAUGGCAUUUGGUUUCUGAAUGUAUUAAAACCAAUCGAUAAAUACGGUGGAUUUUCUUUCAGUGUUCACAGAGGACACCACCGUGACAUAGGCGGAUAUUUACUCUGAUGAAUUCACCCACCUGCUGUGAUAUGUAGACAUUAGUACCCUAGUUAACUGAGUCUUUUACCUCAGAUGUUUUACAGGGUGGAAAUUGAUGACAAUUUUCAACUUCCAAAUAAGUAACUCAACUGCAGAAUAAUCGAAACUGGUAAUAAUAAAAAUUCAAGCUCUUAAAUGAAGCCAUGCAUGCCAUACAUCUGUAUUGAAAUUUCUCCAUGAUAUAAAGCCAAAUAUAUAAUGUAAUAUAUUUAAUAUCCAAAGGUGGAAAGAAAAGAAUGUAGUCAUCCAGUGUUAAAAAUUCCAUAUGCUUCAAUUCAUUAAUUAUCCUCCUGAGGGGAAAAAUAUUAUAUAUAUAUAUUUAAUAGAAUAAAUAGAUGAAUAGAAUUUAGGAUAUAAAUGUGUGAGUGCAAAUUAUCCUGCUUUUGCACAAGACAUAGAGAAAACAAAAUCAGAAUCUCAUCUGGCAGGGUGCCAGUGAGGACACAUAUGAGAAAGUUGCACUAGAUGUGAAUCCUGAAAGCAAGAGAGAUAAUGACAGAAAUGUAGAAAAAGAACUCCGUAGCAAACAGACCAAAUUGUAUGUGGUGGGGUGAGUUAAUUCAAGAAAAUGGGUGCUUUCCGUUCUUCAACCAACCUGAACGUUUGAGAUUUGGGGCAUUUAUUUUCACUGAAGAUCUCGUUUCAGUUUGGUUACAUCAUGCUGGAAUUUGAUCACACCAUUUUAAAACAAUGUUAACUCAAAUGUUUUCUUAUUUGUUCCAUGAGGCGACUCAGUUUCUGUCAGAGGAAACUCAUAUGCUGGGCAAAGCAUUAGGCCAAAUGGAGAGAAAUGGUGGUAUAAAUUCCCCACAGAAGCUGUGCAUUAUUUGUUUAAAAACUCUCAACAGAAAUCUUGGAAAUCUUUCAAAAAGGCUAUUGAAUUCUUCAUUGGCCAGAGCUACUUUUAAAAAAAAAGUCUUAAAUGGGGCUUUGUUUGCAUUGUUUGAGUUCAAGGGGCCUUAUUAUUGAAUGGAAUUGCACAAGCCUUUCUUUGUGCAAUCAAACCAUUGUUAUUGGUAGUUUUGUAGAGGAAACUGUGGAAUCUAAUUGGCAAUGGAGUCAUAAAUCUAUUUACUGAGAACCGCUUCCAAGAAAUGUUGCAAUUCAAAAUGUACUAAGUUCAUGAUUCAUUAGAGAUUCUGGAAGGUUGCGAGAUAUAUUUUAAAAAAAGCAAAAAGCAAAAAAAAACCCAAAAAAAACCCACAACCUUCCCCUCAACUUCUGGUUUCAAACUGUUUGACUUUAGGAAACAACUUAAAAAUAGAACCAAGCUGAGUUUGAGAAUGCAAUGUCCUUCUAGUAAAUGAUUAUUAAAAGUUGUAAUAUUUACAGCAGAACGCUCUGAUUUAUUUCUGCACUGGAGAUGACACAUCCACUUGUUAUUCAGGGCAUACAAAGUAGUUCAGUAAAACCCAGUUUUGAAUUUUGCAACUUAUUGAAUUGGUGCAUGAAUUCUUCGGUACUGUAUCUUAUUAUGUUGGUGUGUCUAAUGGAAGUUUCUAGGUGGUCUCAAAAAUAUUUUAUGUAGUGUGCCUUCAAAGAGAACAGCUAAUUUCUCUGCAGUCAUUGUUCCACGUGGUCAGUCAGGUCACAUCUGGUCUAAUUUUACAAUUGUCCUGAUUUAGUGAGAAAUGGCAAUGAUUUAAAGCCAGUGGGGCCCACAUCAUUGAACUGAUAAUCAUGAGCACUUAACUCCUGUGUUUGCUGUAAAUGUAUUUGAUAUUCGCUCAUUCCCCAUAGUUGAAAUAUGUCCUAAGAAUUGCAGCAUAAUCUCCUGGCUGUUUAUACUUUUUUAAACUUUCCUUUGUUGUAAAUAUUGUAUACUUUUGGUGAUUCAAGUUAUGUAACCUAUAUGCUCUGUAAGGUGAUUAUUUGUAUAUAGCAAAAUGGCCCAGUAAUAUUAUAUAGUUUCCCGUCAAAAAGGUUAUUGAGUAACCUUUGCAUUAGUUUAAACACUACCAGGAAUAAAGCUGAGCCAACUAUAAACACUCAAUUUUGUAUGUUUUCCAAAUUGUACUUAUUAAUGCUUUUGAUACUGUAUUACGUGCCAAUAGUUUCCCAAUCACAUAGCAGGCAAGAGAUAUUUUGUACUUUUUGA